CGAAAAAGAGAAAAGGAAAACUGAUAAUCAACCGCGAACGGAGAAACACUCGAAGCGAGGGGAAAGUGAACCGUUUCGUUGCUCCGGUAACUUGCAACUAGGGUUCCAUCGGAGUUCAUUUUCGGCUGCCGGCGAGAGUCCUCCUCCGACCGCUAGAUUAUCGCAUUGCUGUGUUCGUCGUUGCCCCCAUCGGCAAGUGAGGGUUUCUUCGGAGUUCGAAUUCGGCAGCCGAGGAUGGCUGCUGAAGUUGAUGAACCGAGCAGGAAUGAAUUCCAGUGGCUACAAAAGCGAUCCAUGGGUGGACAGAAUAAUGACGUCCAGUUUUAUGAGUCCUUCAUGUAUGAUGGCAUGAAAUAUAGAUUGUAUGACUCGGUGUAUAUGUACCGAGCAGACUGUGACGAGCCUGAGAUAGGGAAGCUAGUGAGACUGUGGGAGACUCCUCAAGGCCGUAAACUAUGUACGAUCUUGUGGUACUUUCGCCCUCGCGAUAUUACAUAUUACUUGAGAGGGGAGACCUUUCUGGAGAAUGAACUGCUUUUGGCAGCCGGGGUGGGGGUAGGGCUUUCUGAUGUUAAUCCCGUGGAAGCCAUUGCGGGAAAAUGCAAAGUGGUAUGCACUUCAAGAGAUAGUAGGAAUCGUCAACCCUUAGAGGAAGAGAUCAUCGGUGCAGACUAUGUCUUUAACCGGGCCUUUGAUGUAGGGAGUUGCAAGAUUGUGGAAAAGAUGGAUGAUAAAAUUGCUAAAGUGGAGACUAAAUAUUUGUUUAAUAGAGAGAGUAGGAGGACUAAGCCCUCCACAAUUACGAGAACUGUGGAAAACUCUAAAAGUUCAAAGGAUGUACCCAAGAAUAAAGAAGGUCUUAAGAAGCGAAAACUGGAAGGAGAGCAUAAUAGGCUUGCUAGUGCAAAGUUGCCUAAACCAUCACCAGUCCAAUCUACCGAUGAAAGGAAAAGGGUUGAUAAUCAAGGGUCUGAAGCCAUUAGCAUUCCUUGGGAUGAAGCAAUGGAAGAUGGGUAUGAGAAUGGAAGUCUCGUUCUCCUUCUAAACUUGGAACCAUCAUACACAUCAGACGAGGUGAAGGAGUUGAUCAAGGAUGCUCUGAAGGAAAAUUGCUCUGCAAAGAUGGUUCAGCGGACAGCUUUUUCCAGCCCUAAUUUUGGUCAAGCUUUUGUCAAAUUCUCGUCAAAGGAAGUGGCAGGAAGGGUGGUUGCGAAAUUGGACAGGCAUUGUUUGGUGUUACCUGGUGGAAGGGCCCUUGUGGCUAGGCUAGCUUCUAGUGCUUUUAAAGGAAAACAGUCACCUUUUUUUGGUCAUUUUGGUAUUGAUAAACUGAAACACCAAACUCAUCGUGACAAGAGAGAGGCUGUGUCUACUUCUCAUUGUUCGCAACCCAAUACAAUUGAGCAUGAAAUGGCUAUUGACUGGGCUGUGCAUCAAGCAAGAGUGAAUCUAACAUGGGAAGCCAUACACAAGCUACAACUUUGA